AUGCGUCGCGGAGCGCUGCGGGCCAUCUUCGUGAUCCCCGUGCGGGCGCGACUGGCGCGCUUCAGGCGAUGGACCAGGGACCGCCGCGCCGCCGGCGCCUCAGCGGCCAGUGGCGGGAAGCGGCCCUUCGACUUGGCGCUGUGGAACAAGAGCAUCUCGCAGCGGUGGCGGCGGCUGCGCAGGCGCUGCUCGUCGUUCACGACGCCGACGUCGACGUCGCCCGGGUCCGGACAACAGGAGCGGCUGCUGGAGGCGCCGGCGACGCCCGUCCAGGUGAAGGCGGCGUCGGCGCCGCGGCACGCGCACAUGGCGUCGGCGCUGAGCCGGUCCGCAGAGCGUCUGGACGCGCGCCAGCGCGCCGCUGAGCCCGAGGAGGCGGCCACCCCCGGGGGCGGCGGCUCCACGCCCGGCCGCGGGGGCGGCUCCGUGCCGCUGCUCCGCCGCCUCCACGCCGGACUGCGCAAGCGCAGGGCGCUCUCCGUUCACGAGCCGGCCGUGACGGCGCCGCUGCCGCCGCCGCCGGCGACGUCUGUGUCGACGACGUUCUACGUGCCGUCACCGCUGGUGGAGGAGCCGACGUCGCUGCCGCCGACGCUGGGCGGAUGCAGCCGGCGGUCGUCGGGCCGCGGCACCAGCACCAGCACGGGCACCGACAGCGACAGCACCGGCACUGCCUCCUCCUGCUCGGCCUCCGGCGCCGCCGACCACGGCUACCACAGCAUCGAGCGGCCCCAGGCCUCGCAGCCGCCCCACGGCCGCCGCUGGUCGCUCGCCAAUUUGGUACAAAUCUCCUCGUCGCAACCAUUUUCAGCGGUGGCCAGAGUUUCCUCGAAGUUGCUGACGCCUCCACAGUGUAACGUGGACGUGACGCGGCCGGUGACGCAGAGGCUCCUGUGUUUUGCAGAGCACCCGCCCCCGCCGCGCGCGUUCGCCAUCGGCGGCGUGGUGUCGCGCCAAGCCGCGGAGACGCCGCUGCCGCCGCCGGACUCGGGCCCUGCGUCGCUGCCGCCCGACGACGACCUCCAGCGGCGGCGCCGCGCACUAGUCGCCGAGCUGCAGCAGCAGAUCCGCAGGGGCGCGCCGCACCGCGACGGCAGGCACCUCGCAGCAUCAACAGGAGAGCGCAUAUCAGAAGUGGUGGAGGAGGAAGCGGAGGGUGAGGGUGCAGCAGACGGAGAGGAGGAGAGCCGUUUCUGCACGCUGCCACGCCACGGCCGUGGGGCUUCCUUCACCAUCCUGACUGUUGCCUUCACCAAGGGGCCAGGCCACAAAGGGCUCGGGUUCAGCAUUGUCGGAGGCCGCGAUUCCCCACGCGGUUCCAUGGGCAUCUAUGUGAAGACUGUGUUUCCUCAUGGACAAGCUGCAGACUGCGGGAGGCUCAAGGAAGGUGAUGAGAUUCUAGCUGUCAACGGCAAACCGUUACAUGGUCUGAGCCAUCAGGAAGCCAUAGCUGUUUUCAAGGACUUUAAAAGUGGACAAAUGCUGAUUCAUAUUGGACGCAGAAUACCAAAACGUCGACGAGAAUCACUUCCACGGCCUCUGGCGUAAGAGCAUUUGUAGUGUUGCUAUAAUGCCACACUCAGUGCCGUUUCCUGUGUCAGUUGACGCUGCAAAUUGUGAACUGAUAUGAGGUGCUAGUCCUUAUGGUGAAUGAAACAGACAGUUUUAUCUUUGACUGAAGAACUUACUCUCUUUGUUUUAUGCUCGAAAAAGUUGUAUUUAACUUGUGUAUUCUGAAGCAGAGAGAGAGAGAAAAGUGACUGUGUACAGGAAGACCUUUUUUGAUAAAUAUUGAACAGAAAUUUUGUAGUAUAUGUGCUUUACCUGUACAGUAGAUAAUAUACAAAUUAGUAAGUUCCAUUUAAUAUAUAAUUUUUGUUAUAUUGUAAGUUAGUUGCUGUUUUCUGACGUUAUAAUAUUACUUUUACAUGUGGUAGCUUUAAAUGAGUACUUGUAUUUGCUCUGCCUGUGAUACUGAGAAUAUUAAGAUAUAACACAGCGCUCUUCCAAAGUGUGUGAUGUAUCAUUGAGUUAGAAGUUCUAUCUUGAAAGAAAUCGAACAUUUUUGGAACACAGAUUUUUAUUAUAACAAGAAAGGAUGCAAAGAUGCAUUCCAAGGUAUCAGACCUUUCCAAACACCUUCAGACAAUUGUAAACAUUAUUCUGUGAUGAUUAAAAGAGUAUCUGUUCUGAUCACAUAGAUGUUAAGUUACCACAACUGGUUUUAGUUGUUUGUUUUCCCUUUAGCUGAUGCAAUAUGGACGUCUUUGUACAUAAGAUUACUUCAGAAUUUGCAACUGUUGUCAAAAGGCUCUUUUUUAUGUACCAGUAACAUACUGCUGUAUUUGUGACAGGUUAGAACUGUUAUAGAUACGUACAUGAAUCUAAAAU